AGAAGUUCAUAUCUGUACAGAAAUUCUUUGUGACUCUCGUCCAUGCACUCCACCGCCAACUAGAAGAAGACCCCAAAACUCAUAACACCCAUUUCACAGUUCAUCGAUUGCUGCUAACAAUCUUGCUUUGCAUACUACAAUGGCUCUGCAACUCGAGGAGGAAUUCAAAGAAUAUGCAGAGAAGGCCAAGUCUUUACCCCCAAGAACAACCGAUGCAGAUAAACUGAUCCUGUACGGCCUUUACAAGCAGGCAACAAUUGGUUCGGUUAAUACUAAUCGACCUGGGUUUUUCAGCCCAACAGAGAGGGCCAAAUGGGAUGCAUGGAAAGCUGUUGAAGGGAAGAACAAAGAAGAAGCAAUGGCUGAAUACAUCGCAAAGGUGAAGCAGCUGCAACAACAAGAAGUAGCCUCCACAUAGAUCAUACAACAUUAAUGGAGUUCUAUAUCUAUAUCUUAAACAUUUCCCAAGUGUUUCAAGAAGAAAACACAUACCAGAAUGUAAUAAACCAAUAAUUUUCAAUUUCCACAGCUUUUGCUUUAUAAUUAAGUCAUGGUGUACUGCGCUUAUGAGUAGAAAUGUUUUUCAAAUAAGAGCUUUAAACAAGCUGUUGUCCAUA